AUAGGCUUUGUUGGAUGCCUUAUUAGUUGGCUACAAGUAAAGUCUUCACUCUCAUCAUCACCAUCAUCUUCAUCUUCAUCAUCAUCCUCAUCAACACAUUGGAACACUUUUCUCAUCUCAUCUAAAUUUUCAUGUUUUGCUAUUGACCUGUUGUUGAUCUUUUACAUUUUGUAAUUUGUGUAGAUAUUUAUUGUUUUUGUUAAUUUUUCUUAAAUUUGACUGUUAUUCAUUGUUGAUCUCUUUUUGAUUGUAUUGUCUUGUAUUUUUAAAAAUGGAAGUUCUCCCGAUUUCGUAUGACUACACUAAUGAAAUGUCUCCAGAAAUGGAUUUAUUGGCAGCCGCAAGCAUUGGAGAUCUUGGUCUAGUCCACAGACUUCUUCAACAAGGAGCAAAUGUUGACCUUCAAAAUGAAUCCGGAUGGACUCCAUUAAUGUAUGCAGCCCAUUAUGGUCACUACAAUGUAGUCAAAAUGCUGAUUGAUUAUGGAGCCAAUGUAAAUAUUACCGAAAAGAUUCAAGGUCGAACCCCGUUAAUGCUGGCUGCUUCUUGUGGACAUACUCGUUGUAUUGAGGUCCUUAUCACCCUUGGCGCUGCUGAUAUUGACAUGACUGAUACUCAAGGUCAUAAUGCGGCUUAUUAUGCUAUACACUCAGGCCAUGGAAGAAACAAAAUUAUUGCUAAGCUUCUAAAGAUUCAAGGGAAAAGUCGCUCCUCUUCAUCGACAAAUGCAACCUCAUCUACUUCAGCUUCUUCCUCUUUAGUUGGCUCAGCUUCUCGAACUCGACCUUUAACAAAAGGUCGUUCUGAUGCUUCACCAGCAAAUGGUAACUCUAAUGGUAACAACAACGCUAAUAAUAACAACAGCUAUAGCAAGCAUGCAAGCAAUAGAGGUCAAAAUGUAACAAUUUCAUCAAAUAAGAUCACAUCAACAACUAAACCCGAUAUAAUUAUCUCACAAGAAAAUAUAAGGCCAAUCAUUGAAGACUCUUCACCUUUUUCCAAUGGAAACGGAAACAACAAGAAAAACGAUGAUAGUUCAACCUGUGAUUAUUACAGUCCUUAUCUAUCUUUGAAUCGUGAGUGGUCUCCAUUAGGAGGUCGUCAGUUCACACCAUCUUCUCCAUCAUCACCAUUUUGUGUAAAUAACGGUUUCACACCUCAAUUAACCAUUGACGGACUUAUGGGUAAACGCCGGCUUCCAAUGAGCGAGCAAAAUGACUGUUCGCGUUCUGAAAGCCGUUCACCGCUUCCCGAGAACCUUGACUCUCUAUUAAAGAGAAUAGGUCUUCCACAGUAUUCGCAAUUAUUUAAUUCUCACGGAAUUGAUUUGUAUUGUUUCUUAACUCUCAAUGAAGCUGAUUUUGAAAAGAUUGGAAUAACUCUUCUAGGACACAAACAGAAACUCUACAUGGCUCAGCUUCGAUUCCGGGAAUCGGUUGAGAUUGCCAGCACACAAGAACAAUUCUUAGCUGAUUGGCUUCUCUCUGAACGAGAAAAUCUUAAAAAAGAAAAUCACGAAUUGAAAAUGAAAUUAAAAGGAGUUGAAUCGGCAAACAAUUUAAUGCCACUUUAUAAUUGAAAAUGGUGCUGACAUGGAAUUGCAUCAACUUUUACCCAAUUCACCCCAUUCAAAGUUAAUUGCCUUCAAAUCGAUUGUUUAGACUGUGCUUUUUGCAUUCUAAUUGACUAGUAUCAAAUGCUUUUUUUAUUUCUUGCACUCUUUGCCCUUUUUUUCCUGUUUUUCUCUAUUUUUGAAAUCAUAAUUUGUUUUUUUACCCGAAAUUUCAAAAAACCUCAACUUAUUGAUUUUUUAUCUAUUGAAUCAAUUAAAUUGCUCUGUUAUGAAAACUGAAA